GUGAUAAUCACAGAAAUUGCGUGCGCGUGCGCGUGCGCGUGCGCGCGCGCACAUAGGCGCGGAAUGCAGUGUGUGGCGCAAUACGAUGCCCCGCGCGACGCAUGGAUCUCGACUGUCACUGUGCCUGUAGAUGCGCCGCGCGACACGGACCAUCAGUCGAGGAUAACCUCUCGCUGACUGACCGCGGACGACGGAGGAAAGGCGCGCGCGCGCGCGCCUCGCAUCGUCUCGCAACGUAGCAGCAGCAGCAGCUAGCGGACGAAACGCCCAUCGCCGGAGCGGCCUCGCGCGCGGCCAUGGCGUGCCUGCUGCUGAAUCAGGAGAACGUGCAUCUGAAGAUCCCGUCGGCCGACACGCUGGACGGGGUGACGUACUACUGCAUCGAGGUUAAGAUCGCGUCGAUCAAAUGGACCGUGAAGCACAGGUACAACGACUUUGCCGAGCUGCACGACAAGCUCGUGUCCGAGCACUGCGUGGAGAAGGAUAUCCUGCCUCCCAAGAAGCUCAUCGGUAACAAGUGCGAGGCUUUCGUGGAGAAGCGCAGGCUGAGCCUCGAGGUCUACCUCAACGCCGUUUAUAACUACCUGAAGAAGGCGAUGCCGAGGGAGUUGGCUGUAUUCUUGGACCUACAUGUGUACGACAUAUACUUCCUGCUGCAGAGCAUGGCCUUGGAGUUCUUCACCCGCGGCGACGCCCUGCUGCAGACCUCCACGAGCUACACGUUCAAUCCCGUGCAACUGUACGCGAUCAGCGAGAGAGUGAAGCAGCCGUGCUCGUCCAUGGAGGUCGUGGACAAGAAGUACGACUUCAGCCACGUGUUGGACUUCAACUCUCAUCUGACGAGUCUCACGAUCGAGGGUAGCCCGGAGCCCUACAGAACUAGCAAUAUCUACUCGUUCGCGUUGUCCAUCGAAUUGUCGAGCUUUAAGAACGUGCAAUACCUCACGAUCGACCAGUACCCCGUGGACAAGAUCUACAACAUGGGCAAUCUACGAGACACCGUGUGCCUGCUGAAGGUCACGCACACCAAGCUCCGGAACAUCGUGGAGCUGGCGAUGUGCGAGGAGGUGCACAAGAACAUCGAGAACGCGAACGAUUCUCACGUGUGGCUGAAGGUCACGCAUUUGGACCUCAGCGACAACCGCAUCGAGACCAUCGACGAGGCGAUCAAGCUGCUACCGCACAUCGAAUGCCUGACGCUCAACAACAAUCACCUGUCUGAGAUCUCGAACGUGACGUUGUUGCCGCGGCUGUCGCAGUUGUACCUGGCAUCGAACAACUUCACCAGCCUGCCGGACGAUCUUCACACGAGGCUCGGUUACAUCGUCUACAUCGACCUGUCGCAGAACAAGCUCACGUCGCUCGCCAGCUUCUCCAAGCUCUACUCCUUGGAAGGGCUGGACGUCAGCUGCAACCGCAUCGAGAAGAUCGAGGAGGUGAAGAACAUCGGUCACUUGCCUUGCCUGGAGAAUCUCAGGCUCACGGGCAACCCGGUGUCGACGAUCGUAGACUACAGGGUCAAGGUGCUGGAGCCGUUCGGCAAGAGGGCUGCCGAUAUAUGUCUCGACAACGAGAAGCCGAAUCAAAAGGAGCUCGACACCGUGUCGGUGCACCAGGCAUUGCGCAUCGCGAGGGAAGGUAAAUCGCCGACUUUCACCGCCUCCGAUGCGCCGCUCUUCUCUGCCGAAAUUCCGAGUAUAUAGAAAUUCCAGCCGAACCCGGCUCUUCCCCUCCUCCUCCGCUGCGCGCUCACGCAGCGCGAGGAGAGCGAAAUCUUUUUAUACAGCGCGUACAUUUUUAUCACUCCGCGAGACUUUCUCGGCAAAAGCGUCGUAUCGUUUUUACUUAUUUCGACCUUGUGUUUUCGAAUGUGUGUGUGUGUGUGAGAGAGAAAGAGAGAGAGAGAGAGCGGAUAACAUGGGCAACGUUCAGUAAGAUAAAGCGUCGUCGUUAUCGUGCUUUUUACCGAGCUCCUCUCGAGAGACGAGCAAUUUUAACACUGUAAAGUGUGAAAGCGAAGAAGGAAAAAAAAUAAAGAGGAAAAGAAGAUUGCGCGCUUCGCAAUGGCGUCUCUAAAUUGUAAUUUUUAACUGCGAAGUGAGCCCGUGAGAUGCGCGAGAUACGCUUCUCUCUGAAAGCAGGAACAAAAGUAUGUCACAGAUCCAUGACAAAAUGGCGUGAAGUUUGAUUCACUCGCGUGCAAUUCGUACGAGAUAAAUUCAUGGGGUUUCUACGGUUUUAUACGUGCAGCAAUGUACAUAUCGGCACAUUCGCGAUCGCCGUCUGUUGUCCGCAGCGUGAACGGGGUAACGAUAAACGGACCCGCUUGCACUAUUGUUAGUUAAUUUAAAAAAAAGAAUACACUAUGCGAUUAUCGGAUUUUAUCGAAAUGCUCUCGCUGCUGCUAAAGUCACGAAGUCUUGAGCCGCGGUCAGUUGUGUGAUGUUAUUUAUUCUAAGAUAAUUUCAGAGCCGUUUUAGCUCCGGAGUGCGACACAUCACGCGAACAUCUCCGGACGUACCGAUUUUAUAUAAUUUAACACAGAGAAUCGACCUGUAUAUAAGAAAAGAUGUAUUUUGUUAAUAAAGAUGAAUAAAGCAGCAAUCUGUGAUAACA